AUGCCUUCAGCAGCUUCUGAAGACGUCCAUCUUCAUGAUGUUGAAGAUGAGCUACCAGAGGCUUACUGCGGCGGUUGUGAUCGUCUCAUCGACGAAGAGAGUGUCGAAGAAGGUGUCAUCCAGUUUGCAACCAAGCUCUGGCACAUCGAGUGUUUCCGCUGCGCAAAGUGCAAGAACAGAGUCAGCACAGAACGAGAUGACAUUCUCCUCCUCUCCGAUGGUCAUCCUAUCUGCGGCGAAUGCAACUACUCCUGCAACAUUUGCCAUCUUCCCAUCAUGGAGGAGGCCAUCAUGACUGGCGACGAAUCUUACCACGCCUCCUGCUUCACCUGUCGAUCUUGUCAUUCCAAGAUCGAAGAGCUCGUCUUUGCCAAAACAAGUCAAGGCAUCUACUGUAUGAAGUGUCACAACGAGCGGGUCGCUCGCAGUCGCAAGCAUGCAGAACAGAAGCGUGCAAAGGCACGCCGCGAAAAGCAGCAGCAGUCGGCGCAUAACAACAACCACCCAAACCUCCCAACUUCCUCAGCUUCUGCAGCAAUUCUCUCCCCCUCGCUCGACCAGCCGCCAUCUCUUCCCUCCAAGCAGACGCCGCCGCCCUCAGCUUCAGCACUUUUUUCUCCAGCUCCCAACGGUGCUACACUCUCGCCUUGGAUCAACCAGGGCAGCUCCGCCGCUGCUUUGGCUGCAUCUUGUCCUAACAGCGCAGGGGGCAAGCGUCCUAUGCAUGCUCCUCCACCGCCUUCGCGUGAAGGUCGCAGCCCUGCCAUUGGUGCCACAGCCAAGCUCGAAAAUGGAACAACUGCUGUGGCUUCCAACAACUCUCAAUCCUCGCUGUUGCCCAUAGCUGCACAAGUUCCAUCACAUUCACAGCCCAGCGAGUUUGAACUCUCUCCACGAAACAAGACCUUUGGCGCAGAAAUCACCUCGCCGCUUGGCUCUAAUGCUGGCCUCAAGACAAGACUUCCGACCCUCUCGCCCUCCAGUCCUACCGCCUCCCCCUUCAACAAGAGCGUGACAAUGGAUGGUUCACCUCGCGGAGACCCUGGACGCAGCUUGCCACCUUCAGGCAGUCGCGAAGGUCUUGGCGUCUCAUUGCGUACUUCCAGUGCCAAAUCAAGCGCCAGCCCAGCCCGAAAUCCACUCGAUGCAUCUGCCACUUCCUCUCGAUUGUCCAAAGUAUACUCCUUUUACGAUCCCGACUUUUUGAGUCUGGUUGAAUCGUUCGGCGAUUUCGACUCGAACAAAGAACUGCGUGCUCAGCCGCCACCGGUCCCCGCUCUACCAGCAUCCGUAGCUGCCAACUCGACAGCCCCGCCUUCGACAGAGACAGCCGCCGCACCCGCCGCAUCCACCGCAUCCACCGCAUCUACCGCAUCCACCGCAUCCACCGCAUCCACCGCAUCCACCGCAUCCAUCGCAUCCACCGUGCCACUUGGUACUCACAGCAGUGAAGAGGCCGCGCCAUCACGCAGCUCGACCGACGAGAGAGACACUGUUGACAAAGAAGAGGUGGUCAGUUCGCAGCCAAAUGGCCGAUCUAGUGUUGCAGACAGCGUCGACAGUGAAGAAGAGCUGCUGGUGGACGACCAGGAAGCUCCCGCUGCCACAACAGGCUCGCUCAACGAGGUCUCGUCCAGGGUUCGAGCCUCCAUGCAGCAGGCUCGUGAUGGCCAGGUGAGCAUGGACAUCUCCUUCGUCGAGACAAUACUGCAAGACCUCGAGCAGACUCGCCAACGCAUGGAAUCGCUCCAAAUGCGCUACGAUCGCAUUCGUCGUGCUAGUCAGCAGGCAGCCCAUGGCUUCACUAUGGCCAAAGAAGAAUUCGAACACGAGGUCAACGCAAGGCAUGAAGCAGAGCUCGAAAUGGCACGUUUGAGGCGUCAGCUGGCCGAGCAGGCUCUCAAACUCGCCACCGCCAACAGCGAGAAGCGCCAGCACGAGCAGCUAGAGAGACGCUCGCAAGAUGUCAAAGCAUCGCUCAAAGGGAUGCGACGAGACUUGGCCAAGCUCAUCGUGGAGCGAGAUCUCACUGUUGCUGAGGUGGCCGAGCUGGUUGCGCUGCAGGACGGCACAACCGGCUCGUCGAGAUCAGCGCCGCCAGCCUCUAACGACGCACGCUCAUCGACGUGUAUUGUCGAUGCAGCAAUCACGCAAAACCUCGCCUCGCGUCUUGAAGCAGUCAAGAGCCGCUAUCGCAAAGAAAUCGACGAGCUUACCAUCGAGCGAGAUUCGCUGCUCAUCGAAAUCGAAGAACUCAAGCAGUCUAAAGAGCUCUUCCUCGAGGAAGCACAGAGCCUCAAUGCCAGGAACGAAGAGCUCAACACCAUGCUCGGUCAGCUCAGCCGCAAGAUCGAGCUCGCAGCUCAGUCGAGGCACCAAUUGCCGCCACUACCUCCCAUGCCAAAGGACCUUGCAUCUUCACCACCUGCGGCAGCCCAGAAGAGCUCAGGCGGCGUAGGUUUCAACUUUGGCUCUCGUCACAAACACGUCCACAAGCACACGCCGCACAACGCCUCCAUCUCGUCGCACGACGCGCCUCCCAGCAGCGCUGGCUACGAUACCAUCUCGGUCGACACAGCAGUGCAACAGGUGAUCAAGCCUGGCAAAGUGGAGCCGGCUCCUGUCGUCAAGAAGUUCAAGUGGAUGAAGCCCAAGCUGUCAGAAAGCACAAAGGCCAAUGUCUACCUCAACCCGGCUGGAUCAGUGCCACCAGUGCCGCCCAAGGGCGCAAGCAUGAGCUCCGCUGCUUCUGCCACUGCAAUAACGCGUGCCACAUCGCACGAUGUCGUGGUUAGGGAACAUCUCUUCCAACCCUUCAAUGUGCUUCGACCCACGCGUUGUUUCACCUGUCAGAAGAACAUGUGGGGUCAAUCCGAGAUGCGAUGCGCUCUAUGCGCACAGGUCUGCCACUCUCGCUGUCUUCAGAGCCUACCCAUAUCAUGCAAUCAGCCAUACACACGAUCUGAUGAGGGACAAGCAGACAACGCAGGACCCUCCAUGUUUGGCCGCUCACUCGCCGAGCAAGGCGCACACGAGGGCCGCGAUGUGCCGCUGAUCGUGGAAAAAUGCAUACAAGCCGUCGAAGCUUUCGGCAUGGAUUAUGAAGGCAUCUACCGAAAGUCGGGAGGCACCUCACAGCUCAAAGUCAUCACUCAGCUCUUCGAGCGCGGCAACGCAUUCGAUCUCGAAGAUACCAAUCGGUUCAACGACGUAUCCGCCAUCACGAGUGUACUCAAGAACUACUUCCGCGAGCUGCCGGAGCCGCUUCUUACCUUUGAAUUGUACGAUGAGCUGAUCAAGGUGGUCGAAUCCAGACAGGAUGACGUUGCAUCCAAGCAAGAGCUCAUCAAAGAGCUCGUCAAUAGGCUUCCACGACAGCAUUACUGCACGCUACAGCAUCUCGUGCUUCAUCUGUAUCGCAUCCAGGAGCGCAGUGUCGACAAUCGCAUGAAUGCUCGCAACCUUGGUGUAGUCUUUGGACCGACGCUCAUGCGAUCCGCCGACCCAUCACAAGAAUUUGCUCACAUGGGAGGCAAAGCCAUGACGAUCGAGUUCUUUAUUGACCAUGCGCCAGAGCUGUUUGCCUGA